UUACGAGCGACUGAUUUGUGUUCUCUUCAUGACAGAGCACGACGUUAUUAAACUAAAUGUUUUAGGGUAUACUGUGUGAUGUCUUUCAAAAUCGAUAUUCACAAUCAUAUAUUACCCGAAAGAUGGCCAGAUCUGAAGGAGCGAUAUGGAUAUGGAGGGUGGAUACAACUUCAUCAUCACUGUGAGGGCAAAGCAAAGAUGAUGAAUGAUGGGAACCUUUUUCGUGUAAUAGAUGAGAACUGCUGGUCACCAGAGGCAAGAAUCAGAGACAUGGAUGCAACAGGUGUGACAGUACAGGCCCUUUCAACUGUUCCAGUCAUGUUCAGUUACUGGGCCAAACCAGAAGAUACUCUGGAUUUUUGCCGCAUUAUGAAUGAUGACCUUGCAAAAACUGUGAAGAAAUAUCCCAAGAGAUUUGUGGGACUAGGAACUCUUCCGAUGCAGGCACCAGACCUUGCAGUACAGGAGCUAACUAGAUGCGUGAAGGUUCUUGGUUUUCCUGGAGUGGAAAUUGGUUCUCACAUAAAUGAUUGGAAUCUUGAUGACCCAGAACUACAACCAGUAUUUGCUGCCGCAGAGGAGCUGGGUUGUGCAAUUUUUGUUCAUCCUUGGGACAUGGAGUUAAAAGGAAGGAUGUCCAAGUACUGGCUGCCCUGGCUUGUUGGAAUGCCAGGUGAAACUGCCCAAGCAAUCUGCUGUAUGAUAUUUGGCGGAGUUCUGGAGAGACAUCCAAACCUAAAAGUGUGUUUUGCUCAUGGAGGUGGGGCAUUUCCAUUCACCAUUGGACGUAUUGAACAUGGCUUCAAUGUCAGACCUGAUCUCUGUGCCGUUGAGAACCCAGUCAACCCAAGGAAGUACAUUGGACAAAUUUUUACAGACUGUCUUGUUCACGAUGAGAAAGCUCUCAAAUUUCUAGUUGACACAAUUGGAGAGGAGAAUGUUCUUUUAGGGAGUGACUACCCUUUCCCUCUUGGUGAACAUCACCCAGGCAAACUUAUUGAAGAAGUUUAUAAAGAUAACACAGAACUAAGGGACAAGCUCUUAGCUGGCAAUGCCUUGAAAUUUCUUGGAUUACAGAGAUCUCAAUUUGAUGACAAAGCUGUAGACAACUAGAAGCUUGCCAUGAAGAAGGGGCUUCGUCAUGCAAUCCAUUUGGGCACUGAACCAAAGUUCAGUGGAGUAAUUGUAGCAGUGCACUAUCAGUGUUAUUCUGUUAGUAUACAGAGUGAGUGUAAAAAUGAAAAGACAGUCUUACAUUUGAAAAAUGUUUGACUUAUUUAUGUUGUAUAUUUAUUUAAAAGCAAGUCUCGUGGUUGUGAUAAUGCUUGUAAAAAUUUGAAGUUUCAAUCUUACAGAUGAUGAACUUUGGAAGAAGUUUAUGUUUUAGAGAUUUCAAGAAUCAGGGAGUUGAUUUUCAGUGUAAUAAUUUCAUGUUAUACUAUAAGUUUCCAUGAAGCCAUUUUUUGUGCAUGCUUAAAAAUUAGGUUGAAAUGCUUAAAAAAUUAAACCCUUCUAGAGCUUAUCAGCCCUUUGUUGACGAACUAGGACACAAUUAGAUUGUUCAAUGAAAUUUGUGGUUAUAGGGGUUUAUACUUUUCUAAACAGGGGAAUACUGACUGAGUUUAUUUUUGAUAUGACAACUGUUAGUUAUUCAGUGUAAACACCAGUAUUUAUUUUAACACUAUUAUUGUGACAUUUGUUGAAGCUUGUAAUUCAAAUGUAUGGUACUUUUUUGUGAAAUGUUCUUACUCUUAUGUCACAAAGACUGUCAAAAGUGGUAGUACAUUGUAAAUAGAGUGAGUUCUGAGGGAGUUAACCCUUUCACUACCAGAAGUGAUUAACAUGUAACUUCUCCCCAUACUAUCCAUUCAUUACUCAGCAAACAGGGAAUGAGAAUACUCACACCUAUCAGGUAAAAGUUGAUGAUUUGAUCUAACACCAAAUUUUCAUUAGUAAUCAACAAGGAAUUGUGUAGCAGCUAGAGGGACGACUUAACGAUCAGAUCUUGGGAUUUAAAGGAAGGGUCAGGCUCUGUCUGAACUUGUAUCUUCAUUGCAUCUUCUGUUGGUUGAUCAAUGUAAUAACCCACUCAUGCAGGAUGUUGGGAGAACAAAAUAAAAGUUAGUAAAACACGAGCUGGAGGUGAGUGAUUUAUGAACUUUUCCAAUGUUCAAUCCUUCCAAGUGGGUUAUUAUGCUGGUAUACCAAUAGAAAGUACUGCCCAGGAUUCUAUUGCUUUUUAUGUAAUAAACUUCAAUUUUCUAUGGCUUUUCUGAUGCAGUUAAUGAUAGGUUUUGACCAAUCAGGCCCACUUAUAGUAUCUCCAUUAUUUUAUAAAUGUUCAUUGUUAGAAACAUUUUUUUUCUCCUCAAAGAAUCACACAAGUCUGUUUGGCAAUGUGGCAGUUUCAGAGCCUUCUAUUAAAUUUUCCUCCCUAUCUACUGA